CUCUGCUGCCUGCCUCCACGUUUUAACUGGGAAGGGAUCAAAAAGGGGACGUCUCACUUCCACGCCUGCGUGGCUUUGGUGAAAAAAAGAACGGGGCCAGGUCGGCCACGCUCCGGGUUCGUGCCUGCUCCCGGUCCUGUGUUCAUAUGGCACGGGCUGCGCUGGCUGCUGGGGUCCGGCGCCUGCCUGGGAUUGUGCUGGUGAAGCUGGAGGUUGCGUGGGGAGGUUUUACAAGCAGGAAAUCCAUCUGAAAACAGAAAACAAAACAAAACAAAAUGGCAAAAAAAAGCCAGGAAAAAAUAAAAGACUAAGGUUUAAGAAACUGCCCCGUCCCCCUGGCAGAGACGCAUACCCCAAAACGGACCGAUGGCGAGCCAGCACGCGGCCACGAGCCCCGAUCGCCGGCGAUCUCGCCCUGCCCUGGCGCUGGAGCAGGCAGCGGCAGCCGGCGCGGAGGAGGCGGCAGCGAGGGUGUGUUGGGACGGCGGCCGGGCAUGUUGGCUCUGGCCCUGCUAAUGAGGGGAUUUGCCUGGAAACAGGAUGCCUUCCACUUGCAAAGCCGCUCUCGCCCGCGUCGUGCGCAGCGGGGCGGAGAGGUGGAGCACGGCGCGGGGAGCCUCCGACGGGGAUUUCCUAGAGGGUCCCGGCCGAUUCGCCGUCCCCCCCACCCCCCCGGCCCCGGCUGCUAAAUGGGGGUGAUGGCACCGGUCACCACACCGGGCUUGGAGGAUGACAACUGGGGCGAGACCACCACGGUGGUGACGGGGACGUCGGAGCACAGCAUCUCGCACGAUGACAUUACGCGCAUCACCAAGGACAUGGAGGACAGCGCCCACCUGGACUGCUCCCGGCACCUGGGCGUCGCGCUGGCCGGGGCGCUGGCGCUGCUCGCCUUCCUCACGCCCCUCGCCUUCAUGCUCCUGCCCCAGCUGCUGUGGCGGGAGGAGCUGGAGCCCUGCGGGACGCCCUGCGAGGGGCUCUUCAUCUCGGUGGCCUUCAAACUCCUCAUCCUCCUGCUGGGCAGCUGGGCGCUCUUCUUCCGCCGCCCCAAAGCUUUCUUCCCGCGCGUCUUCGUCUUCCGGGCGUUGCUCAUGGUGCUCGUCUUCCUCCUCGUCGUCUCCUACUGGCUCUUCUACGGCGUGCGCAUCCUGGACUCGCGGGACCGCAACUACCAGGGCAUCGUGCAGUACGCCGUCUCGCUGGUGGACGCGCUGCUCUUCGUGCACUACCUGGCCGUGGUGCUGCUGGAGCUGCGCCAGCUCCAGCCCCAGUUCACGCUCAAGGCCGUGCGCUCCACCGACGGGGCCAGCCGCUUCUACAACGUCGGGCACCUCAGCAUCCAGCGAGCGGCCGUCUGGAUCCUGGAGAACUAUUACCACGAUUUCCCAGUCUACAAUCCUGCCCUCCUCAACCUGCCAAAAUCCGUCCUGUCCAAGAAAAUGUCCGGGUUUAAAGUCUAUUCCCUUGGCGAGGAAAACAGCACAAACAACUCCACGGGGCAGUCCCGGGCCGUCAUCGCCGCGGCUGCCCGCAGGCGCGACAACAGCCAUAACGAGUACUACUACGAGGAGGCAGAGCACGAGCGCAGGGUGCGGAAACGCCGCGCCAGGCUCGUGGUGGCGGUGGAAGAAGCCUUCACCCACAUCAAGCGGCUGCAGGAGGAGGACCAGAAGAACCCGCGGGAGAUCAUGGACCCGCGCGAGGCGGCCCAGGCCAUUUUCGCCUCCAUGGCCCGGGCCAUGCAGAAGUACCUGCGCACCACCAAGCAGCAGCCCUACCACACCAUGGAGAGCAUCCUGCAGCACCUCGAGUUCUGCAUCACCCACGACAUGACGCCCAAGGCGUUCCUGGAGCGGUACCUGAGCGCCGGGCCCACCAUCCAGUACCACAAGGACCGCUGGCUGGCCAAGCAGUGGACGCUGGUCAGCGAGGAGCCGGUGACGAACGGCCUGAAGGACGGGGUGGUCUUCGUGCUGAAGCGCCAGGACUUCAGCCUGGUGGUGAGCACCAAGAAGAUCCCGUUCUUCAAGCUCUCGGAGGAGUUCGUGGACCCCAAGUCGCACAAGUUCGUCAUGAGGCUGCAGUCGGAGACCUCCGUGUGAGCUGACGAGGGGUGGAGAGGGGCCGGGGGGGCCACCCCGCCUCGUCCUCCCCGCCUCUGCCCAGGCUCAGCGAGGCCGCGGCCGGAGGGCAGGACUGCGGCAGGCACCUGGAAGCAGUGCCCGCGCCUGGCCCCGCCACCAACCCGUGGCCACCGCUCGCCCUCCGGCUCGGGUCCCCGUCGGGCGAGCCGAGCCCCUUCCUCCUCGUCCCCGCGCCCCCCGAAACCCAGGUCCUUGUAGCAAUCCCCCAGGAGGCGCAUCCAGCGCAGGACGGUGUCGCGGCCGGGAAGGCGACGGCGUCCCUCGGUGCCAUAACUCAAGGGCUAACCCUCCGUUGAAUUUCCUUCACCAGCGUCUUUCCAGCGCGGCCGGGUCUGGCGGACCCCCUGCGCAUCCCCGUUUUCUACCUGGCGACUGUCCUGCCUCUGGCCUUAAAACACCGCCCGGCGUCCGGGGCUGGUUUUUAAAUAAUCGAGACUUUUGGAGUAUUUUGCAAACACCUCUGCGAUCUCUGGCUGCUAUGAACGCCCUCCCCGGCCGCCGGGGAAGGACCCGAAGCGGCGAUGCUGCCGCGGGCAGGUCCUCGCCUCCCUGCCGUUUUCCACGCUCGGCUCUUAACAAAAGCAAGAGAAAGUUGGGGUUUUAAGGCAAAAAGCAGCUUUUCGGCGGCAGUGCGUGUGCCCGCGAGGAGGUCGGCGUCCCCGCAGCCCACCCUGCCAGCUCCGGGCACGGGGGGGGGAGCUUUGCACCGUUCCUGCAGGGUUGUGGGAUUUGGGGGGCACAGCACCCUAUAGCUUGCUGCAGGACGGCCCUAAGCACCCCUCGGGCUCCGGUGCUGGCCUCGGGUGGCUUCUUUGCGAAGGGUUUUGGUUCACCCAGGUCUGAAAUCUGUGUCCUGCGGUGGAGGUGGGGACGUGGUGGCCCCCGGGGGUGGGGGGGCUGAGCGAGGGGACCCCGCAGCGCUCAGACCCGCGCUGCCAGCGCCGUGGGGCACCGAGCGCCCGCAGGGUCCCCGUGCCCACAGACGUUUUUGCCUUCCCUUGGUUUUGUUAAGGUUGCAAAUACCUCAUGGGUUUUUUUGUUGUUGUUUUGUUUUGUUUUUUUUAAGUCUUUCAUCUGGCUUUUGUGCUGGGGGGGGGGGCGGGGGGCUCACGGGGGUGACCGCAGCAUCCCGAGCCGUUUGGUGGCGAGAGCUGCCCAAUUCCCUCGCCGUGACGCACACACGUCCCACCCCAAGGGGGCUGGGGGGCUUCCCCAGUAAAUCCCAGUAACAGAGAGAGGCUCCCCACUGGAUUUCAAGGGCUCUCCCAGCACGAGCUUGUGGGGGGACGCGGCGGGGGGUGGGGGGGGGCACCACCUUUCCCAAUUCCCAGGAAAUCUCCAUUUUCCUGGAGUUUCUGUGUCUUUAUAGCCCCGCCAGGUCCCCGCAGUGCCAGCGUCCGUCCCGCGCCAGCUUCCAGUCCCGUUUACACCAGCACCGCCGCGCCGGAGCCCCCCCGGGUGCCGGAGCCCCUCGGGGGGAGUGGGGGGGGGGGUUGGUGCCGCCGGGAGCCCGUUUUGGGGGUGUUUUACUGCAAAAAGACUUCAGUGAGUGAGAGUGGAUGUUGUAGGCUGGGGGGGGGCCGGAGGGGCGGAUUUUCCACUUGGAGUUUAAGAAGAAUUCACCUUUUUUCGUUCUUUUUAUUUUUUUUUUUCCGCAGAGCCGAGCCCUUGUGCAUGCGUGUAGAAAAUUGUAAAAUGUAAAAUUGUUUUUUAAUAUAUAAAAAGCUUGUUUUUACAGUUUGCAGUGGAUCGAAGCAUUAUGGCAGUGUUAGGAAGUCGGUUUUUUGUCUUUUUUUUUUUUCAUAGAGGAUCUAAAUUUUUUUUUUUUUUAAUAAAAUAAACCCGUUGGAAAA